GUAAGAGAGGAUCUAAUGGCUGCGAUCUCUUUUAAGUAAUAAAAAGAGAAGGCACCAAUCUAUUUAUAAAUUGCCAUUAGCCCUCUCUCUCUUUCUUUCUCUCUCUCUCUCUCUUUUCUGUGCUUCCUCCCCGCUCGAAGGAUUUCAUGACGUUAAUUUUAGUUUCGGCGGAGACGAUGCCGCGGCUGGCAGUGUGAAAGUGCACUUCAUCGAGAUAAUGUUCAGUUGUGUAUGAAAACGUUGAUAUCGCAAGUGAUCCUGAUUGUUCUUUCGACGUUACAGGGUGUUCAAUGAGCAUUCAUCGCAGUGGGUGAAGUUGAGUGAUUUUUGUGAUUUGAUAAUACAUCUUGACAAUAAACUCACACGUGGUUUAUCAACCGAUUUUUCACUGGAUCGAACUCGGGAUUGUAAUGUGCAUUUUCCUGAGAUCAACGAAGAGACGAACGCAAUAAUUCAGGGGAAAGAGACACUUCGCGCUUAUCAUGGAGAACGCUUGGAGCAACGGCAUUGCCGGAGAACGCAAGGAUCUCACCCCCAUAAUAGAAGAAGAGGAUAAAGGACAAGCGAAAGGCUCGCAAUCGGACUCGUCGGACGCGGCGUCGACUAUAAAGCGCUGGAACAGCCGGUGGACGCCCUCAGAGGGUUACGACUCGUCGGGCACGUCGUCGAUCUCCGACGACUACGUCGAGGAUUAUCCGCGGGAUAUCAACGGCUCUGGUCUGUCCGAACCGGCGGCAAUUGCGUGCGAAGCAGCCUACCGAUCGCAGGAGUGUUUGUGUCAGGCGUGCUUGCUCGGCUAUGCUAAGAUGAUAGCGCUUCAAGGAAGUAUGCCUAAUAUCUGUGCAGUAUCCAGCGGCAUGCCGAAUAUCUACCCGGCAACGACCGCUCAUCUGGGAAGCUUCCCGUCUCUCUGCGCGACGCCGUGUUCAAGCAUCUCCAGCGAGCUGGCGCAUCACGUGAAGGAGCACGCGAGAAACGUCGGCCACUAUCCGCACAUCUGUCAUCUGCCGCAACCGGUCCCGAUGUUCGCGAAGGAGCGCGAAAUGCACGCGGGCAACAGAACGAACAGCACGACGUCCUUGCCGGUGAGCUCGACGGGAAGAUGCGGCUCUCUGGACAGAAGGCGGCGCAGACUGCGCAGCAGAGUGGACCGCGAUCAGAGAACCGUGUCUCAGAGCGAUCUGAUCUGCCACGAGAGAGAUAAGCUGCACCACUACUGUUCGCUACAGCAAUUCCACUGCGGCAGCAAUAUGUGCAUGAAUAAUUAUCAUAGUAAAACCGAGGAGCGAUUGAGGAAAUUGGAAAGCGAGCGCGGAGCAUUACACAUGGAAGUGUCGGUUUUAUCCGAGCAGGUCGACGCGCAAUCGAGCAAAAUCCAAGAGCUCGAGAGCAUACUGCAGGAGAAGAAAGAUACUCUGAGACAAAUGGAAGAAGCUUUACAGAAGGAAAUUCUAUCGAGAAGCGCACUGGAGACGCAAAAAUUGGAGCUUCUCACUUCUUUGUCCGAGAUGAAACUCAGACAAGCCAGUUUGGAGCACGAGAAUCUCGCACUGCGCAAUACAAGUCCCCUAUCAAAUAGCGAAAGAUUCAGUAGACAUACGGGUCAAUACAGUAGUCUUCCUAGGCCGCCGACGUCCAAGAAAGGCGUUGUAUUUGGUAAGGUUCCAAAUUUAGUCUCGGGAGCGCACACGACGGUACCCUUGGCUGUUAGGGGAAUCUCUGCGAGAUGUCUGUCCGCUCCUAUUCUAGCGGAGGAAGAGAAAACAGUGAUCGGCGAGGCAUACGUACAGGCGGAACCACUGCCGCCGAAACUGCUUGCAGAACAUAGCAUGGAGGAGAUUGGCGAUUGGUUGUCCCGUCUCAGUCUGGAAUGCUACGCCGGCGAGUUGAGACGAUGGGGAGCCACCGGAUCGAAGCUGCUCGACGCUGCGCAGGUUCAACUGGAAAAAGAGUUGGACAUAAAGAACGCUCUGCACAGGAAGAAGUUGCUUUAUGCUAUCGAAUCGGAGCGAAGCAACGGCGCUGGAUUUCUCGGUUCUCCCAAGAUGGACAAUGCGGCCGUGUUACGAUGGUUGGAUGACAUCGGACUACCGCAGCACAAGGAAGCUUUCCACAAUGCAAAGGUCGAUGGCAGAGUGUUGCACAGAUUGACGACGGAGGAUCUUCUGUAUCUCGGAGUGACCGCGCAGUUGCACGCUGCCAGUUUAAGACGCGGAAUUCAGGUUUUACGGGAUUUGAACUUCGAGUUCGAUAACUUGGAGAGGAGAUCCGUGAACGGAAACGGCGCCGACGGUACCAACAUGACUCUCUGGACAAAUCAUCGCGUGAUGGAGUGGCUGCGCGUCGUGGAUCUUGCGGAGUACGCGCCGAAUAUGCGCGGUUCUGGCGUUCACGGUGGUCUCAUGAUCCACGAGGACCGAUUCACCUCGGAGCUGCUCGCCACGCUGCUCAGCAUUCCACCGGCGAAGACUCUACUUCGUAGGCACCUGACGACGCAUUUCAAUCAGAUUCUCGGCAGAGAAGUGGUCCAGCAUAAAAGAGAGGUCGAGAACACACUCGGAUUCGUUCCACUGACGCUUACCGCUAGACUAAAGGCACCAAAGAAAUCUCAAUUCACACUGAAGCGUAAGAAGAGUAAAAACGAGAUGGACUUCGGCAAUCUGGUUUGCCCGUUGGAGGCAUCACCUCCAGGUACCCCAUCAACGCCCUCAUCAACACCGGGCAGCCCUAACUUGAACUCACCCACAUUUUAACCACAAUUAAAUCUUCAUUCGGGUAAUCAUCUAAACUAACUUAUUUGGAGGAUACUGGACAAAGAAAAAUUAUCGGUUGUAUAUGAACGAUGGACGAGUUGCAAAACGAUGUAUUUUAAUGAUAAAUGAAUAAGAAUUUUGUGAAAAGAAUGUCAGAAUUAUCUGGGACCAGUUAUCCAUAUCGUAAAUUACAUAGUCACAGUGUUAUUAUGUAUUCGAUAAGAAACUGCUUAAACGAGAGCUAACUUCGACACCGCCAAAAUCAUUUUAAGGCCGUAAAUUAAAGGAUUUGAUAAGAGAGAGAGAAUUAACCCCAUUAGAGAAUAAAUAUUUUUACUACGAAUUAUGAAAAGAUAUAUUGUGUGGGUAUACUGCGCGAAAAGAAAUAAAACGCUAAAUAUUUAUAUCUACUUUA